AUGUCAUAUUCCUAUGCUGUGAAUCACAUAGGCUGCAAUGCUACUGUGUCCCUGGCUGGGAAUGCUCUAGACCUGAUCAAUAAAGGACGAUCCAAUGACCUCCUUUUUCAGUUGCUGUGGGUCACUGAUACCCACUUGGACAGAGCGGAAUCCACAGAUGUCUACUAUUUUGUCUUAGAAGUGAAAGAAUCCAACUGCCCAGUCCAAUACAGGAUACACUGGGAUGACUGUGAGCCAAAUAUUUCUAGAUAUCCACCUGAUAUCGUAAUCUUUUCCGCAUUGGCCAAUACUAAAGACAGCCCUGUACUCUUGGAUUUCUUUGAGGAGACUGAGGUCUACAGAAAACAAGCAGACAAAGUCCUUGAGAUGUACAAAAAGGAGAAUGAUGACUUUGCCUCUCUCAGAGUGGACCAAGUGGAGAGAGUCGGCAGAGGCGUGAGUUUCUGUCAAAAAUCACUCAGACAGACCACCACUUCAAGAAGGAGCUCCUUCAUGACUGCCCCCUUCAAGAUGUCAUCUUCUCCGUUUUGGCACCAAUGGCACACAUGCACCCCUCAUAAUCACAGUUCCAGUGAGCACCAUUCCCAUGGACACCGUCCUCAUGAGCAUCAUCCUCAUGGACACCAUCUCCAUAGACAUUGUCCCCAUGGACACCAUCCCCAUGGACACCAUCUCCAUGGACAGCAUCCCAAUGGCCAUGGUUUUCAUGACCAUUGACCCUGUCCCCAUAGGCAAGGUCCCCAACAUCACCAUCACCAGGGCCAUACCUCACCACCUAAGCACUCAGAAGAAAGAGAUCCAGGCAAAGGACACUUUCCUUUAAAAUGGAGACAAAUUGGAUAUGUUUACCGACUCCCUCCACUAAAAAAAGAUGUAGUGCUUCCUCUUCCUGAAGCCCAUUUUCUUAGCUUCUCAUUGCUAAACUACAACCAUCCUCUAAAGCCAAAAAUGCAGCCUUUCCCUCAAUUAGCCUCUGAAUUAUGUCCAGGGAUGUUCAAGAGUGAAUUUUCCCAAGUUUCAAAGUUUUUUGAAGAGACAUUUCCAAAAAGAAAUCUGAGUUCCUUGAAGAAUGAGUAAUGUUCUGAAUUAGAACCAUAAAUAAAAUGUAACCAACAAUAAAUGCAACAUUGCAAGUUAUUGAAAUCUUAACUUUCCUAUUCAGAAUAGGACAAAAUGUGGGUAGGGCGAAGAUGAUAUGAGAAGAACAAGAAAAAUGGAGAGGAGAGGAAACAAUCUCAAUGUUCCAAGUCAAAAGUUCAUUCUCUCACUGGCUGCUACACCACUCAAAACAAAGCUCUGAUCCUCAGAAUUUCUUUACUUCCUGGGCUCAACUCCUUUAAUUCUAGCAUCAUUCCUCUUUUAGUAUUUAUGUUGUAGCUGAGCACACUAAGAAAGUAUCUAUUGUCAUAUAAUGGAUUGUUCUUAUAAAGUGAUCCAAAUUCUCUCCUACUUCUUAUUUCUAGUUUUCUAAAUUCCCUUUAUUUU